CUUCCACAGAAACGAAAGUUGAGGUGUCAACAUCUAAAGCAGGAAAUAAGAGAGUAGAGGAGGGUGCAGGCUGUUCAGAGGGACAGUGACACACAGAGAGACACAGACACACACAGACACAGACACACACACUUCACUGCAGAGACCUUACUGAAUGAGGAGGAGAAGGAUGAAGAUGAAGAUGAAGCUGCUUUUUGUUCCUUUUGUGAUGGUUAUGAUGUCAGUGCCGGGUGUGACAACAUUUAUUCGAACCACCUCUACUACAUGGACAACAGGUGCACCUCAUUCUGCAGUAAAUUUGAAUGGGAAGAUGUUCACCUUAUCUUCUAAUGGAGGAGGAAUCACCUUCUAUCCCUCCUCCUACACCCCCAACACCCGUAGGACCAUCACCACCCAUAACGCCACCACCACCACCCAUAAGACCACCACCACCACCCCUAAGACCACCACCACCACCCCUAAGACCACCACCCCUAAGACCACCACCACCACCCCUAGGACCACGCCGUUUUCAACUACAGGUUUGUCUGUGUGUCUGCGUUACCUCACUGACUAUUACACAACAAGAAACCCCCCACUCCUCAAACUCUUCCCAUCCAGCUCAGACCCUGUGACUCUGGGAACCAGUUCCGGUGUUUUGUACUCUCUGAGCUCUUGGCUGUAUUAUAAGCCUCAAACUUUCCAACCCAGCAUUCAAUUCUGGCCUGGAGGUUUUUCCCCGGACAUAUGGACCAGAGUCUGUGUCACCGUGGACAGUGCAAAGAAUGUAGGGCAGGUGUUCAGCGGAUCAAACAUGAGCAUCAGGAAGAUACUGCCCUAUCAGCUUCCACAGGGAAACGAUCCUGUGAUCUAUGUUCCAGGAUUUGAUGGUCAGUUGACAGACGUCCAGAUGUGGGAUUAUCCUCUAAGCUACAGAGAAAUCAUCCAAUACAUGAGGCCCAGCACCUACAGGCCGUCCCGUGGCUCUGUCCUCACUUGGUCCGACAUCAGCUACUCUCUCGGUGGAAACGCUCUGUUGGAGGACACCUACCAGAUGCAGGAGCAACAGCCAAUCAGCAAAAGGGGGAGGGGGCGUGGCCUGAGGGGAGAGAAGAAGAGCAGGAGGGUUUUCAAAGUGGAGGAGAGUAAGAAAAGAGAGGGAGGAGAGUUUCAGUGAAACAUACAGAAGCAGAUGGAGAGCAAGCUGCAUCCUCUGUUCCUCAUUUAAUCAUCCAAUAAUAACUCUGAAUAAAUCAAUAAUCAGAAAUAAUAACUCAGAAUGAAUCAAUAAUCAGCAUUUAUCAAUAUCAAAGGAGAGUAAUAAAAUGUGGUCUGUCAUCUUAAUAUUUUUUUCAUUUGCAGUGUGGUUACCAUGACACCAUCAACAAAUAAAGGCUAAUUUCCACACUAAUUAAA